AAUAAAAAAAUCAGUAGUUGUACUAAUAGCUCAAUUUGACUCAUAACCAAGAUACAUGAUCAUAAUCUGAAAAACCAGACACUAUGAGAACAUUUGCCACAACUUGCUCCUUCCAUUUCAGAUGCCUCCUGUUGCUAAUUUUGGUGGUACAAUCAACUUUGUCUGCACCACAUAGAACAUCAGUCGCAAAACCUGGUUGCCCAAGCCAGUGCGGGAACUUAACCAUUCCUUACCCUUUUGGAAUUGGUUUCUCUUGCUCUAUGGCCUUUGGCUACACCCUCACUUGUGAUGCUUCCACUGACCCACCCAAGACAUUCAUACCCAUACCCAUAACUGACACCAAAACCCAAGUGUUCCACAUAUCAGCUUCCGAAAUACGCAUUAUAAAUAGGGUGACCUUUAGUUGUUUCAAUCUUCAAGGAGACGAAGUUCUCAACAGAACAGAAAUGAUAGCUUUUACUGACAUUUCUCCUUACAGUUUCUCAGCUUCUGCAAACAAGUUCACAGUCAUUGGCUGUGAUGUGUUGGGGAUAAUUGUAGGGUUGCAGGGUUUAGGCGCUGCGUGUGGCUCACUCUGCGCGAAACAAGAGGAUGUCAUUGGAGGGUAUUGCUCUGCCAUAGGUUGCUGUCAAGCCUUGAUUCCCAAAGGAUUGAAUGCAGUGGGGUUUACCUUUUCUUACCCUCUAAACCACAGUAAUGUCAUUGGGUUUAAUCCUUGUGUUUAUGCCUUUUUAGCAGAAGAAGAUAAGUUUGUGUUUCAAGGAGCCUCAGAUCUUGUUGACCCAAACUUUGCAAACAGGACAACAAAAAAUGUCCCUAUUGUUCUUGAUUGGUCAAUUAGUAAUGAAACCUGUAGUCAAGCUAAGCAGAACUUAACGUCUUAUGCGUGUCAGGGUAACACCACGUGUAGUGAUUCUGAUAGUGGUAAAGGUGGGUAUCAUUGCUAUUGCCUCCCUGGUUAUGAGGGUAAUCCUUAUCUUACUCCUGGAUGUACAGAUAUUGAUGAAUGUUCAGAACAAAAUGAAAAUCAGUGCUCAAAGAACUGCAAAAACACUCCAGGAAGUUACUUAUGUUCCUGUCCUUCUAAGUAUUCUGGUGAUGGUUUUAUAAACGGGACAGGCUGUGUUCCAGAAUCCUCUCUUGUUGGAAUGAAAGCGGGUCUAGGUAGUAGCAUUGGGGUGUUGUUGGUGCUGAUAGGCACAAGUUGGACAUGUUUUCUAAUUCGAAAAAGAAGGCUGAAGAAGUUGAGGGAACAGCUUUUCGAAAGUAAUGGUGGAUUGCUGUUGGAAAAACAGCUAUCUUCUGAUAAACAAGCAGGGGUACAGUCUGCCAAGAUAUACACUAUCAAGGAACUAAAACUAUCCACAUCAAAUUUUAGUGAGGAUAACAUUCUUGGGAAAGGAGGAUAUGGAACUGUGUAUAAAGGCAUCUUCCCAAACAAUCAAGUAGUCGCAAUUAAGAAGUCAAAAGUAGUGGAUCAAACUCAGAUUGAACAGUUUAUAAACGAAGUGGUUAUUCUAACACGAAUCAACCAUCGAAAUGUGGUGCAACUCUUAGGUUGUUGCUUAGAAACAGAAGUUCCUAUACUAGUGUAUGAGUUCAUUGCGAAUGGUACUUUAUAUGACCAUAUACACAGUAAAACCACAUCCCCUGCUAGUUGGCUUUCUUGGAGUACUUGUCUAAGAAUCGCGGUUGAAGCAGCUGAAGCACUUGCAUAUUUGCAUUCUGCAUCCUUCACGCCUGUCAUACAUAGAGAUGUAAAGUCUACAAAUAUUUUACUUGAUGAAAACUAUGCUGCUAAAAUAUCUGAUUUUGGAGCUUCGAGGUUAGUUCCAUUAGACUACACGAAGAUAUCUACUCUAGUACAAGGGACAUUGGGAUAUCUCGAUCCAGAGUAUUUUUUCUCGAGCCAGUUGACAGAAAAGAGUGAUGUGUAUAGUUUCGGGGUAGUUGUUGCAGAGCUGUUAACAAGACAGAAACCAAUACCUUCUGAGAGGGAGAAUUUAGCAACCCGUUUUGUAAGGUACAUGAGGGAAGAAGACUCUGUUUUUGAGAUAAUUGAUCCUGAGUUGGUGAAAGAAGCACCUCAAGAGCAACUCAUUAUUGUAGCUGAUCUUGUGAAGAAAUGCUUGAGUAUGAAGGGGGAGGAUCGACCAACUAUGAAAGAUGUCGCGGUUGAAUUGGGAAGAUUGAGGAAACAAACGAUUGAGACUACUACGAACCUAUUACCAGCAAAUGAUGAACAACAACAAGAACAAGGGGACUUGUAUCCUGUUUCAGUGCAAGGUUUAACAGAACAGUUUCAAGAUGAUCGCAUUGUUGUAGAAACCACCUCUACAGUGGAUAACAAUUCUGGGUUUCACAGUUUGCACAAGGAGAUUAUUUUUGAGAUGAGCUGCCCCCGCUGAGGGUCUUACUUAUACUACCCACAAAACAAUCUAUUUUGUUCCCGAGUACACCUAAAGUUGUCUACCCCUAGAUAUUUGUCAUGUUAAGAAGGCUACUUACUUAAGAUUUUUUUAUUCCAUGUUAAAUUUCGAUUUUCAAAUACACAGACUUCUAUUUAAGGCGGUUGUACAAUAAAGAUUGUGAGACGGAUGCAAAUUUACUUCAAAAUGCUUAAAAGUUAA